GUUUCGCAGAGCUGCCCUCACGUGGGUUCGAGGUAUGUUGAUGUUCGAGUCUGAAAGGUUCCAUCUCAACUGAAAACGACGCUUUCAACGCUGUUCGAGGCAUCUUGCGGAGAUGUGGGAGACCGUUGGGCUUUCUUUUUUUAAUGUGUCUUUCAAAGAAGGAGGAUCAUUGCGAACCUGAUUGUGAUGGUUGGUCCACAUGUAUCAUAUAUUUAAAGAACGAUGUCACCAUGAGCCAUGAGGCAAUUGAUCGCAUGGCGAGUCAGUUAACAUUUUUACACAUAUGAAUGUGAACAUGGAGGGGACCAAUGUUCCACGGUGUCCAAUCUGAUUCUUGCAACUUUGGGCAUUGAAAAACCGGGUUGUAUUGCAACACCACCAACGCUCAAAACCACAGUCUACACCGCAAAAAAAAAGAACUCGAGGCCCUCUGAUUCACCAGGAGAAGAUCGAACAAGAUUUCUUGAACUUCACCGAGGACUGGGUGCGGACCAUCUUCGCUCAGCUGCUUCAGGCUGUCCAGUACCUGCACAGCAAAAACGUGAUCCACAGGGACUUGAAGUCGCAGAACGUGUUCCUCUCCGAGGAGGGCCACGUGCGCCUGGGGGACUUUGGGCUCUGCCGGCACACGCACCGGUGCACCGGGACGUCCACCCUGACGCACGCAGGAACGGAUUGCUACAUGGCACCUGAGAUGUUGUCUUCCUCGAGGUAUGGGAAGCCCGCGGACAUGUGGUCUUUGGGGUGCAUCCUCUACGAGCUUUGCACUGGGCAGUUUAUGUGGGAGCUCGAUGGCAUCCUGGGAGCCCUUGUCAUGGCAGACUCCCACAGCGUUCAGAAGCUGGUGCAGAAGGAGAUUGCGCCUGCCGUCGGGAAUGAGUUGAAGUCACUGCUGAAGAAGCUUUUGCACAUCAAUCCAGCGAUGCGGCCCACAGCGACCACAUGCAUGAGGAAGAAACUCUUCAAGCGUGGGUUCAGCCUCUCCAAGGAAAGCUUUGGACAGUCUUUGGGCGAGGAGGGGGACAACGAGAUUUGUGAGGUCCUCUCCGGCCUCAGUGGAUCUGGAGAAGGUGAGCGACUCUCGACCAACGAGGACAGCGACUCGGACGGAAGCGAGGCGUCCUUCAGCCCUUACUCCAAUCUCCGCCGGUCGGACCUGCCCAAGCUGAAGCGACGUAAGAAAAAGGCCAAGGCGCAAGGCCGAAGAUCUUAAGAUGAGGCCUAGUGAGCCGCCAGUGUUGGGGUGAUGGAACUGUCAUGCGCGGCGAGUGGGUGAUUGUUCGAUGCAUCUGGUAACGGUGGAGUGGUGC